AUGCCCGCUCCUCUUCACCCUCACCCGCAACCGAAGCAUACGGCUUCCUUUGCUUCUAACUCUACUAACAAUGGCCCUCCGAGAGUGCAGGUCUCGCAUGAAGACGAAGACGCCAUUGCCGAUAUUCAUCGCACCUUGACGGAGAAGACUGUUCCAGAUCAAAAAUACCCAGAACCACAUUCAUCAUUCGACAAGUUCCUCGAGGAACAAGUUCAGGGAAAGAAACGCUCCAACCUCGGCGUCUGCUUCCAGUCGCUCUCCACAUGGGGCGAAGGAGAUAGCCAUGCAGAUGUCAAGACCCUCGGCACAGCUCUCUGGCGUACCUUGACUAUGCAGGAUAUCUAUGAGUGGACCAUUCAGCCGUGGAUCACGAAGAAGAACCCUGAAGAUGGGCGGCAAUUGAUUCGCGACUUUUCUGGUGUAGUUGAAAGUGGCGAAAUUAUGCUGGUCCUCGGACGUCCCGGUGCAGGCUGUUCAACAUUCCUACGCACUAUCGCUGGUCACCACUCCUCCUUCCUAGGUGUGACCGGUUCAAUCGACUACUCGGGUCUCAGCCCGGAAGAAGUUCGAAAGCACUAUCGCGGGGCCGUGGCAUACGUCCCAGAAGAUGACGUCCAUUUCCCGACACUGAAUGUGCGCCAGACCCUUGAAUUCGCUUUGCAGAGUAAGACACCUAAGCGGUACCGAGACCGGAUCCCCCGAUAUCUCGAGAUCUAUGGCCGUGUCUUUGGAAUGACGCAUACCAUGAACACCUUGGUUGGAAAUGAGUAUAUCCGCGGAGUGUCUGGUGGAGAGCGCAAGCGUAUCUCUAUUAUUGAAUCGCUAGCUAGUGAUUCCUCUGUGGCAUGCUGGGACAACUCGACCCGAGGAUUGGAUGCGUCUUCUGCUCUUGAUUAUGCUCGCAGUUUGCGCAUUAUGACCGACACCUGUGGCAAGGCGACUUUGCUCACUCUAUACCAAGCGUCCGAUGCUAUCUAUGAACUUGUCGACAAGGUGCUUCUCAUCGAUGAAGGGCGCAUGCUUUACCAAGGUCCUGCCAACCAGGCAAAACGCUACUUUGAAGAUCUCGGCUAUGAAUGCGCCGAUAUGCAGACUACCUCCGAUUUCCUGACUAGCAUCACUCUACCGGAGCGUCGACGCUUCCGUCCUGGAUGGGAAGAUCGUGCUCCUAAAGGCCCGAUCGAGCUCGAGGCUACUUUCCGCCAGAGUGCUGCAUUCACCAGAGUCGAAACUGCAGUUGGAGGUUAUGAAGAUCAGAAGUGUGGGAGGGCUACUGGCACUUCAGACUCGGAGUGUGGCAGUAUUGAAGAAUUUAAAAAAAAUGUGCAGAGCGAUAAGUCGCGCUUUGUUUCUUCCAAGUCGCCGUAUACCAUUUCCUUGAUCCGCCAAGUUGUGCUUUGUGCGAAGCGGCAGAUGUGGCAGUUGAAGGGACAUCUCAGUCCGCUAUAUAUCAAGUUGAUUUCUUGUGUUGUCUAUGGUUUGCUGAUUGGCUCCAUGUUUUACAACUUGCCUCAGACAACGGAGGGUAUGUACGCCCGUGGAGGUGUGCUUUUCUAUUCAUCCAUCUUGCUCGCCUGGUUGCAGAUGUCGGAACUGGAGGAAGCCAUGCAAGGUCGGGAUAUUCUCAGCCGACAGAAGAAACUCGCCUUCGUGCGCCCCAGUGCUGUCUGUUUGGCCCGAGUUCUUUCUGAUAUGGUUAUUUCUGCUCUUCUUACAUUCUUAUACCUCAUUGUCAUGUACUUUUUGGCUGGUCUUCAAUCUAACGCUGGUGCAUUCUUCAUCGAUUUCCUCCUCAUAUAUAUGUGCACGAUCUGUCUGACAGCACAAUUCCGCGUCUUCGCCGCCCUGUCUCAAAACUUCGAAGUAGCCCUCCGCUACUGUGGAGUCAGUGUUUUGUUCUGCAUCGUCUUCGGUGGCUACGUUUUAUCAGUCGACAAAAUGAUUCAAGACGUGCCCUGGGUUGGAUGGAUCGCGUAUACGACUCCCGCUUUAUACACCUACGAGGCUGUCAUGGCUGCUGAAUUCCACAAUGUCAACUUCACCUGUGCCACUGGAUCUAUUAUUCCGGCAGGAUCUGAAUAUACCGAUCUUGCAUAUCAGACCUGCGCAUAUGCUGGUAGUCAGGUUGGCAGUACUGUGGUCAAUGGCGAUGAAUACCUGGCUGUCAAGUAUGGAUUCUACUACAGCAAUGUGUGGCGCAACUUUGGUAUUCUCUGUCUUUUCACUAUUGUUUUCAUUGGUCUCACUUGCUGGUUGAGUGAAGUCUUUGAAUGGGAACUUGACAGUGCCGGACCGAUUCAAUACAAGGGAUCGCAAAAGUUGUUCAAACGGAAGAGGAAUAUCAAGUCUGACGAAGAGAAAACUCCUGUUUCAGUUGACCCCAGGGCACCACCUGCUGGUUACGACAGCAAGCCUGAUCAGACAAUCACAGCUACGGAAUCUACCUUCACCUGGUCUGAUCUUGAACUCAAUGUUCAGAUUGGCAAAGAAACCCGAAAGUUGCUGGAUGGGGUUAAUGGUUACUGCAAGCCAGGAACUUUGACUGCUCUCGUGGGUGCCUCUGGAGCAGGAAAGUCAACAUUGUUGACUGCGCUCACCCAAAGAGCAAGCCCUGGCGUCUUGUCCGGCUCGUUAUUCGUUGAUAACCACUCGAUCGACCAAUCCUUCAAUCGACAGAUCGGAUAUUGCCAACAGAUGGAUAUUCAUGACGAGAGCAGUACCAUCCGCGAAGCAUUCGAGUUCUCUGCCCAUCUCCGCCAAAGCAAUGAUGUCUCAGAAGCAGAGAAACUGUCAUAUGUGCAAACAGUGCUUCAUACGCUUGACUUGGUCGAAUUGCAAGACGCCAUCAUCGGAUCGCUGGAUAUCGAAAAGAAGAAGCGUGUGACAAUUGGAGUGGAACUCUGCGCCAGACCAAAACUGCUAUUAUUCCUCGAUGAGCCUACAAGUGGACUUGAUAGCCAGGGCGCGACCAGUAUCGUUGCUCUUCUUCGACGUCUGGCAAACCAAGGACUGGCAGUCCUCUGUACCAUUCACCAGGCUAACCAGCAGCAAUUCGAAGAGUUCGACCGUGUCCUUGCCCUGAGUCCUGGCGGCAGCACAUACUACUUUGGACCAGUAGGCAAAUCUGGCUAUGCAAUCUUCGACUACUUUCAAAAGCACGGUAACACCCCAGAGAAGGUCACCAACGCAGCCGAUUUCCUCAUUGAGGUAGUCGUCAAUGGCAUGAAAUCGUCCGGAAACCAGGUAAGCUGGGCGUCUGUCUGGCGCGACUCUGAAGAAUGCAAAGAAGUCAAGAAUGAGAUUGCCUCUAUUCGCGCCACCAACACUCGUGCACCAUCCACAGCACCAUGCCCCCCGCCCCUCAGCCGCCAGAUCAAACUUCUUACCCAACGAACCUGUCAGCAGUUUUGGAGAACAGCUGAAUAUCCCUACUCCCGACUCUAUGCUUCUUUCCUGCACGCUCUUAUCAACGGUCUUACCUACCUCCAGAUUGGGAACAGUGCUACCGAUCUGCAGUCGAAGGCUUUCUCUUGUUUCUUGGUUCUUAUGCUGGUUCCGGAGUUCAUCAAUGCCAUCUCUAUGCGAUUCAUUCUCAACCGGGACAUCUGGCUAGCGAGAGAAGGCCCCAGUGGCGUAUACAGCUGGGUUGCUUUCUCGACUGCCCAGAUCGUCGCUGAAAUCCCCUACGCUAUCAUUGGUGGAGUGGUAUUCUUCGUUUUGUAUUAUUUCAUGGUUGGACUGCCACUUGGGUUUGCUGCAGGCUAUAGCUUCCUCAUGUUCUUCUUGUUCUUCCUGUUCGCCACGUCGUGGGGUCAGUGGAUUGCUGCUAUGAGUGCUGAUUCCCUAGUUGCCGCCACACUUAUGCCAUUUUUCAUCAUCCUGGGCGAACUCUUCAACGGCAUUCUCAGACCACACGAGCAGAUGCCCGCAUUUUGGAAGUACACCAUGUACUACAUCACGCCAUUCACUUACUGGGUUGGAGGUGUGCUCACGUCUGUCCUGCGUGGUACAGAGGUAGUCUGCACCCAGAGCGAGUUAACUAUCUUUGAGAGCCCACCAAAUAUGACAUGCGGUGAAUACGCGGGCUCCUGGCUUGAUACUAACGGUGUUGUUGGCUACUUGUCCAAUCCCGAUGACUUUGGACGAUGUGGAUACUGUGAAUAUAGUGUCGGUGAUGAUUAUCUUUCUGGCAUUGGCCUUGACUCUUCCAAGAUCUGGCCGUACUUUGGUAUUUUCCUUGGCUUCACUGUGGCAAAUUACUUGAUGGUGUAUGCGCUGGUCUACGUGCGCUCGGUGAUGAAGCCUUUCUGGCGAUCAAAGUAA